GUUUCAAUCUGCCAUACUUGCCACGUCGCCGCCAUUUUUGAUCCCCAAAUAAUAAGAACAAAUAUUUUGUUUUUGCGAAGAAGUUAUGAAAGUGCAAGUUAUCAAUUAACUAACUUAACGUACAUCAGAAAUCAGUGGGACCAAUAAAUAUUCGUUUGACAUCGUCGUUUGGAGAUGUCACUGGUGUAUCUCGGGCAGCGGCUGCUGGAGGCUGCGCGAACCGGACAUGAUGACGAUGUCAAAGCUCUGAUGGCCAAUGGGGCUCCUUUCACCACAGACUGGCUGGGCUCGUCGCCGCUGCAUCUCGCAGCCCAGUACGGUCAUCGCUCCACUGCCGAGGUGCUACUGCGUGCCGGUGUCAGCAGGGACGCCCGAACCAAAGUGGACAAGACCCCUCUUCACAUGGCCGCCUCAGAGGGCCACUCCAUCAUAGUGGACCUGUUAGUGCAGAACGGCGCCGACAUCAACGCCAAAGACAUGCUGAAGAUGACGGCGCUGCACUGGGCGGCUCAGCACGGCCACAGGGAGGUGGCGGAGCUCCUGCUGAGGUACGGCGCAGACAUCCACUGCCUCAGCAAGUUCGACAAGACGCCCUUCGACAUCGCCAUGGAUACCAGUGACACUGAGCUGAUGAUCCUGCUACAGGACAGCAUGCAGAAUCAGGUAAACAUCAACCCAGAGUCCCACUACAUGAUCCCUGCUGGUGGGCUGGUCAACCUCUCAGAGCUGAUCGCCACCACCAAGACCACUGCAGGCAAGUCAGAGGAUGCCAUGGCUGCCGAGUCGGUGGAAACAACCAUUCAGCAUGUGGUGGGCGAUGGCGGGCAGAGGGUCAUUACCAUAUUGACAGACCAACACAGCAACCUGCAGCCAGCGGCCCUGGGCCAACAGUUCAUCAUCACCCUGCAGGGGCAGCAGAUGGUGGCUUUGCCAGCUAGUGCAAUCUCAGAUGAUGUGGUGGUAGAGAAGCCUCGGCAGCCCAUGCCCACACGCAAGAGGAAGAUAAACCCGGCAGCCAAUCACAUCAGCCUAAAAAACAAGGUGAAAGAAAGUCACAAGCAGCUGGAGCAGCAGCUGCAGGAAGCCAAACUUAAGGCUCAAGAGUACCAACAGCAACUCCUGCAAAAGGAGCAGGAGGCCGAGCAGUAUCGAAUCAAACUAGAGCAGGCCAUAGCCACCAGUAACAGCAUCAAAAACGCCACUACUGCGACGACAGUUACCUUAAACAGCGGUGCUACAUUGAAGCUGGAGGAGGAGGAGGUACUGAUAGAGCAGCAGCUAGGGAUGGAAGAGGUGAAAGAAGGGGAGAUGAAAGACACGGAGGAGGAGGGGGAGGUCAUCAGUGAACUUAAAGAAAAUGAAACUUUUGUGAAUGAGGGCGCGCUGGAUCUGGAGGUUGAUGGUACAGAGGAACCACACAAGUCUUUGUCCUGUCGACGAGGCAGACGGAGAGGCAGAGGCAGAGGGGGAAGCAGACACUAGCUGACAUGUUUUGUAAUCUAUUUAAUUAUUAUUUUAUAACCUUUUGUAAAAGAUGGGGGAAAAGUAUAUAUAUAUAUAUAUAUAUAUAUAUAUAUAUAGGAAGACUUUUGUAAAUAUGUCAAGAUAAACUUACCUCUUACCUCUUUAUCUCACCUGUAAUUUCAUCACCAGACUCCCAACUGGAUGGUAGCUGAGCUUUUUUGUCCUUUACUUACCAAUGCACCACUGAAUAUUACAUCCCAACAUUUUGAAAAAAUGGUAAAAGUAGACAACUUAGGUUAAGAGAAAGGUUAUGAACAAAUAUAUUUUCAUUGAUAUGGCAGGUUAAACUUGCAAUUCAUUGUAGUUUGUUUGAUAUGUGCUAGGGCACCUGCAACAGAUGCACAUCCUGACAGGUACAUUACUGAUCUUCACCCUUUCUAAAUACUUAAAGCUGCAUGAACGGUGCACAAGAUCUCCACAACAAGCUGCCUGAGCUUUUAGCUGUAAACAGCUGCUUGUAAAAAAUGAGCCAAUCAAAUGUAUGUAAGAUUAAGAUUUAUCUUCCUGUGCCAGACAAUAGGGACAAAGUGGCCACAAAGAUGGUAACAAGCACAGAUUAGACUAUAUAACAACUCUCAAGUCUGACAAAUGUUAAGUUAUUGCUCCAAGCGAUCACAGCGGAUGGUUAAUCAGUCACUAGUGAUUGAUUAAGGAAAAAAAUAACACUCCAAAAAGAAAUCGGUUGAACUGAAGAUGAAAUUAAUUAAUCAGGCUAGGUUUGGCACUCCAAGAGACCCCUUUCAUAUAACACACAUCUGAUUCAUUGUUAAUAUAAAAAAUAUUGAUUUGUGGAGCUUAAAUGGGUCAAAUGGCAAAUUUAAGUGACAACAUUUAAUCCUGCUGUUAAGUAUGACAACAAACUGAGCGACAUGCAGCUGAGGCCUUGAACUGGAGAUGUGGCGGUUUGUAGCGGCCAUCCUGUACAUUACAGGACACCCGACCAGAUUUUAUUUCAUGUCGCAUUGUUUUGUUUCUAAAGUAAAAUACUUCUCCCUGCCAGUACAGUAGAAUACGUGUAGUACAGAAUACGUGUGUUUGUAAUGGAGAAAAAAACUAAGCACCCCGAUUCCUCUACAUUUUCUUGUCAUUCAUUAUUCUGUGUUGUUUUUUGUAGAAUUUAAGUUAUUCUCAAGUCUUUGUGUUUACAGCUUUUCUUCUGAUGAGGGCCCUCAGACUGUGAUGUGUAACACGGUGAAUGUGCCUCACUGGAGGUGCACAGUACAGUCAAAGAUAAUCAUGAAGCAAUUACAGUAAAAGCACUUCAUGCUCUCUUAUCCAGGGUGACCUACAGUGAGCAGAUAGGAACUCUUUUGUGCUCAAGGACACUUUAACAGAACGCAUGCAGUUGAUGGGCACCUUAUCUUUUCUAGGAAUCAAACCUGUAACCUUUCAGUUUUUAGAGCAGUCUCUUUAACUACUCAGCCACCAUCCUACCCAGUUCUACUGCUGUGUAAUAUUAUGGUUUUAUUUACAACAGACAGAUUUGAGGUUUUUGAAGGGAAAAAAACAAAAUGUGGCGCCAAUUAGUCCACUAGAACAAAUUAAGGAGUAGGCCAGCCUUUCUAUUAAUUAGUUUGCUUUUCUUACAUUAAUCACACAGUCCGCCUCCUCGUUAUUUAAACUGUCAGGGAACAGUUGUUUUCAUGUUUGCACUUAAGGGCUUUAUUCACGCUGUAGCAAAAAAUGUGACUUUGAAGUGUUUUUAAGGUCGAACUUGGACAACCUGUACAGAGAAACAAGUAAGCGCCUCAGAGACUAAAAAGAGUGAUACAUCAUCAUCUGAAGACACUGCUCGUUUCUUAAAGGGACACACCAUUGAUUUUACAUAAAAAAAUAAUUUAUUCGGUGUGGGGAAUAACUACUUAGCCUGUGAAAGCACAUGUAUACACAUGAUUUUGGUCCUAACUUUCAGAAUUUACUUAUAAUAAUAAUACUGUCGUUGGUCGUCGAAGUGCUGAAUCAUUCAGUGGAGGUGUCUCACAGUAGGUUCUAGGGCCACCAUUUUUUAUUGAUGACCAAAGAUUUCACCAUGUUUCUCUCAUAACUGUACAGUGUGAAGGAGCCUCAAAUGUCAGAAUAACUAUGCCUCUGUUGCUUUAAUUUUGACCAUUUUUAAUCUGUCUUGUGAGUCCCCAGACUUUAUGGAGGCAUAUUAUUAAAUCGCUGAAUUCCUCUUAUAAGAAUGUUAUUUUUUGACCAAAAUUUGUAAAAUGUAAUGAUGUUAAUGAGGCAAUAAAGGGCACCCAAAAAAGAAUUUA